GUGGUGUCUGUGUGGAACUUGACGCUGUGACUGUCCGCUGCCAGCUUUGAUGAUGACUUCCAGACUGUUUGGUGAUGUGGAGGAUGAAGAGGAGGAGGAGGAAGAAGAAGAAGAGAGGAACAACCCGACAGAGGUGAAAAUGAGUCAGAUAGUGAUGCCGUGUCACAGCAACCAUCGGCAGGAACUGAGCGUGGGACAGCUGCUCAAGUGGAUGGACUCCACCGCCUGCCUCUCUGCUGAGAGGCACGCUGGAAGUCCCUGCGUCACUGCUUCCAUUGAUGACAUCUACUUUGAACACACAAUUAGUGUGGGUCAGGUGGUGAACAUCAGGGCGAAAGUCAACAGAGCUUUCAACACCAGUAUGGAGGUGGGCAUACAGGUGAGCUGUGAGGACCUGUUCUCUGAUCGUCACUGGAGGGUUUGUCACGCUUACGCCACCUUCGUUACCCAACGCACAAGCACAGGACAAAAGGUGACUUUGAAGCCCAUCGUCCCUCACACUCAGAAGGAGCAGGUGGAGUACAGCGUGGCAGCUGAGAGGAGGAGGGUCCGGAUGGUGCACGAUGACAUUAUCAAAGACUUGCUCUCCAGUGGGUCGAUCCAGCAGGCUGACAGCUCGGCAGUCUCCAAUAAAGUGGCAGCAGAAAAGACCAAGGUGGAGAGUGUUGAGCUGGUUCUACCUCCACAUGCAAACCAUCAGGUGAAUACUUUUGGAGGACAGAUCAUGGCCUGGAUGGUGAAUGUAGCUACGAUUGCUGCCAGUCGUCUGUGUCAGGCUCAUCCGACUCUUCGGACCAUCGACAUGUUCACUUUCAGAGGACCUUCUCAGGUUGGAGACAGACUGCUGAUGAAGGCAAUAGUCAACAACGCCUUCAAAAACAGCAUGGAAGUAGGGGUGCGUGCAGAGGCCUACCACGAGGACGGGCCUAACCGACACAUAAACUCAGCCUUCAUGACCUUUGAGGUGCUUGAUGACCACGGGAAGCCAUGCACGUUACCAAGGAUACGACCCGAACCUCUGGAAGGUGAGAGGAGGUUUCAAGAGGCAAUAGCCAGGAAAAAGAUCAGACUGGACAGAAAAUACAUAAUUUCUCGUAAACAGGCUGAGGUCCCUCUGUCUGUACCCUGGGACCCCACAAACCAGGUGUAUCUGAGCUAUAACAAUGUGUCAGCUCUGAAGAUGCUGUCUGCUAGAAACAACUGGCGCCUCAGCUCUGAGAAAGACAAGGUUCGUCUUUACACCCUGGAGCACAAGUCCAUGUUGAGUUUCAGGGUGGAGUCGGAGGUGGACGUUCCUGCUCACAGAGCCUUUUGUCUGCUUGCUGAGCUGAGCAACAGACCGAGCUGGGACACACAUUACAAGAAAUGUGAGCGGAUUCACCGGGUGGACGACGAUGACUUCCUUUAUCGUGUGGUGACUCCAUCAGUGCCUCCUGGAGCGGUGGGAUCCCCCACUUCAGCCAGCACACCAGAAGGGAUUCUCCAGGAUUUCAUCUUGUUGGCUUCCAAGAGGAAGCCGUGUGGCAGCGGAGAUUCAUACGUCAUCGCUCUGCGUUCAGUGACCCUCCCCACUCACCCUCCUACUGAGGGGUAUAACAGAGGAGAGGUUCUGUGUGCUGGAUUCACUAUACUGGAAACCACACAAAACAAGUCACUGAUCAGUUACUAUAACCAGGCGUCUCCAGAGGUGCUUCCCUACAUCUCCACUGAUAUCGCCGGCCUCUCCUCCUCUUUCUACCACACCUUCUGCUCCUGCAGCCAAUACCUGGCCAGGAACAGACUGCAGUCGGACUCUGAGGUUCAAGACGACCAAUUCCAGGCCGCCGACAGUCCCAGCAGUCUGUCAGAGACGCUCCACAGCACCCACCUGUAGACACUCAGUGGUACUUUUCAGGCUUUUUUACAUCACAGAGUGCCGACAUCCAUCAGCUGUUUAUACAACACAGAACAAAUCACAGGUUGACAGUGAACAAGGGUGAUGUUUGUAUUCAGGCUUUUUUAGACUGUAUUUUUUUUUUUACAAAAAGGUCUUAGCGUAGAUUCUAAUAAUAAAAGAUCACAGUUAAGUGAGUAAAGUAGAACUAUGUCACAUGUUGCUCACUCUAUUAGUCAACCAGAAUAAAAUGUAAGAUGUAGACGUGAUUCCAAAUUACAGGUUGCUCACGAUCAUUUAUAUUGUUUGGACACAAAUGAAACGGUGUGAUUUGUGUCAGUUAACCUGUUUUUUUUAUGUUUGUAAAUCUAAGGUACAUGUUCAUGUCCUGGGUCUUAUAGGAAAUGGAGGCUUCCUUUGUAAAAACACUAAGAGCUGACAGCAGUUGGUGCUAUAGAUCGACUGAUACGUUGUUUUGUUGUUGUUGUUGUUGACAGGGUGAAUACUGAAAUUAAUGGUUGGUACUUAAGAAACACUGAUAAUCGAUAUUUGGAACCGGUACACAUUUGAAUGUUAUAUAGAGACAGCAUGUGAUAACAGGGAGCCUGUCAUUCAUAACUACAUUACUUCAUUAAUAAUGAUUAUUAUGACUGAACAUGUACAAUAGAAAUAUAAGUGUUGAUGACCCAGGGUGCUCUCCUCUGUUCACUGAGAGAUCGAUUAUUUGAGAUCGAUCAGUUUGUCUCCUGCAGUAACGUGUACUGUUUUCCUGUUUUGUUAGUUCCUCACUGUUCUAUCAUUUUUAUUUUCCCACUAAGGCCCAAAUUGUAAAGCAUUAUAACUUGUUGUUUUCCAGCAGUUGUUGUGGGGUAGUUUGCUGCUGCCUCUGAACUCAGCUGCUAGUUGUUAGCAUAGCCUUAGCCAUUGUGAAUAGUACCACGUUUUUCUGAUUUGGAACGAUGGCUGUGCUUCUUGUCAGGUUUUUGCAGAUUGUGUCUCUGCUGAAGAAACACAUUUGUCAGUUAAAGCUGACUGUAAAAUGAAUUUCACUUUAGACAGAUGUUACAGUACUCCAGAUACUCCAAACUUCUUAGUGAUAGCCUUACUUGUGUAAGAUUGUGGCGUUUAGUAUAACUUUAGCAGUAUCUGCUAAAUUACUUUCCACACACAGCUCUGCUUAUUAACCAGAGUUCUCAUCGGUCUCUGUCUGUAAACAGCAGCUUUCAGAGCUGAUUGGCUGUUACUUGGGAUGUGUAACCAAUCAGAUAAAGCUGAGAAUAUUAUAUGAGAUCACAGAGUGACUACAGAAACAGAUAGCUAACCACACGGCAGACAAAGUAGUGCCCUUAUUGUAUAUAUAAUUGUUUAAUAAAAAUAACAAUAACCAGAAAAAUUAAAAAUAUCGACCCUCAUAUUCCACCAGGCUGAUAAUCAGUUGAUUCCUAGUUAGCACCACAGUCUGUAUAAAUAUACGAUGAAAGUAGCCUCCAGGUCUGUAAAGUGAAGCCAACGCACAAGUACCACAAACCUGCAUUCUUUCUAGCAGCCAUCAGGGGGCGACACCUCUGGUUGCAACAAGAAGUCAGCUUGUAUGGAAAUAAAUAAAAUCAAUGUCUUUAUCUCUCCCUGCA